AUGGCCGUUAAAGAUACCCGUUCCCGUUUCCCCGCGCGCCCGCUAUCUCCGCCACCAGCCAACGACUACUGCAUCUAUCAGUCCGUGUCGUACGCCGUGGGCACCACCAGCAUCACCGCCAACUACGCCUGCCCCAACUGCACCUGCUCGCGCCUCCCUGGCGCUGCCGGCGCGUCGUGCGAGUGCGAGCCGGGGCCGCGAUGCAGCGUGGACGUUGCGGGGAAGCCGGUGGGCUCCGCAUGCACCGGGCGCCAGAGCCUGUGUGUGGUCAAUCGGGUCAAGAAGGCCAACAACCUGGGCGCGUGCGCGCACCCCGCAUUGUCCGCGGGGCAGUGCGUGUCGGCGGGGCACGGGUGGGGCCCCAUUUUCUACAGCAGCGGAGUGGCGUCAGGCGCGAUCAAGGCGGGCGACAUGUGCCAGCGCUGUGCGUGCAACAAGGGCCAGUUCUCCAACUGCCGCCGCAUCAAGGGAUGCAAGAUGUGCGUGCCGGAGGAGGGAGCAGGCGAGGUGGCAGCGCAGUGCGCUGCGUGCUGCAAGGGGGCACAGGGCGACGCGAAUGUCAAGGCGUGCCUGGCAGCGUGUGGGAGGGUCACGCUUUGA